GAACAAAAGCGAAACCCUUGUCGCUCGCUCUCUCCGCCUUCUUUCCGCAAAAAGAAAAAAGAAAAAGAAAACUCAAAAUCAGUGGAUGAUGGCGAAGAGAAUCGGUGGAGCCGGGAAAUCUAGGGACGAAGACUCGACCAUCUUGGGGAGGAUCUCCAACUCCGACAUCGUAUCUCAUGGAAGACGCGCCGCCGGAGAUGCCGUCGGAGUAUCGAAGAAAUUGCUGUGGAGCACCGGAAAAGCGGCGUGGAUCGCUGGUACGACGUUUCUCAUCCUCGUUGUUCCGUUGAUCAUCGAGAUGGAUCGUGAAGCUCAGCUCAACGAGAUAGAUCUUCAACAGGCUAGCCUCCUCGGAGCUCCGGCCCAACCUAUGCAAAGGGGAGUCUAGUAAAACCCUAUGAACUGAGGGUUCUUGGUGUUUUGUCUGUUUUACUAGUUACUGUUGUGGUUUUGUUGGAUUUGGAUUCUUAUAUUAUUUCUUUGAAUGGAUUAACCCUCUAAUGGACUGCUUAGACAUGGAUGGUGGUCUUCUUCAUGUUACUUUUAAGUUUUAUAUAAGCGUAUGGACGUGAUUGCGUCGUUAUGUUUUAUUGAACACUUCGGUUUCGAUGCUAGAAUUAUUUGGAAA